AUGGCAACUGCCGAGUUAAAAGAAGCUUUAAAAGGUUCUUGGUUUUCUCUACUCCCUUUGACUCUUAAAAAGAUGCAACGAUCAUUGCUUCCAUUCAUAUUAGUUCCUUUGACUUUAUUAUGCUGGCUAAGAGCUUAUAUUCUAUAUCACGAGGCAGUUGCUAGUCUUUAUGGUGUCCAAAUAACGAGCUCUUCAAAGAAUGUGUCGGUUGAUUUACCAAAGUUUGAUAAUCUUACCAUUGGUGACCGACGAGAAAAUAUCUUCUAUUUUAUGCAGGUAUCCGAUUUACACAUAUCCAAAUAUUAUAAACCUGGUGGUGCUUCUCACUUUUUAUACUUUCUUUCCACCGCCCUUCCUGUUAUUUCGCCUUCUUUUGUGCUUGUAACUGGAGAUUUAACUGAUGGGAAAGAACAAUACUAUGGUAGAUCGGGUCAGAACGUCGAUGAAUGGGCAACCUAUCAAACUGCAUUACAAGAAUCUGGGGUUCUCGAUCGCCCGAACUUUUGGUACGAUAUGCGUGGAAAUCAUGACUGUUUUAAUGUGCGUUCUUGGGAUAGUGAGCAAAACUUGUACAAACAAUAUAGUGUGGUAAAAAAAAGAGGAUUUGAUUUUAUGGUAGAAAAGACUUUUGGUCGAUAUAGAUUCAUUGGAAUUGAUGCAUG